AUGUCGACACCGAACGACGAAAGACCGGAGCCCACAUAUCAUCAGCCUUCAUAUCAUUUGCCCUCUUAUAACGUCAACCCCCACACUGGCAAUCCUCACCACGGCGAACGAUCCUCUGACGAAGAAGGCACAGUUGUUGGAGAUCACAGAGACAACAGUAAUCACAGCGACCACAGAGACCACCAUUAUCACGAUGAGGACCAUGAUGCACCUAUCGACCCUCGUGUGCACCGCAUGGGCAGCCACCUUACUGUCGACACAGCCAACGAUCCUCACUACCACCCUCGCCUGCAGGACAUGACAUCGCCCUCGCAAUCACGAGAGAUGGCCAACAGACUUGACGAUGACCUGGAGUUACUCAAGAUUGAAAGACAAGUGUCACGCGACGCUGAGGUCGCAACAAGAGAUGGUGCUUCACACUUUGGUCGCUCGACUUCCAGAAGGGACGAUCUGAUUGAUGAAUUCGAUGUUGCGACGAACCCAAUCCACGAGCAGGCUGCCAUGUACAAGCCUCCUCAGGAUCCUGUUGGCAAGUUCUCCAAGCUGGUCAAGAAGAUUCACCAUUCGAGUUUCCUGAUUCGCUAUCUUACGUAUAUUUUACCUGUGGUAUUGAUCCUACUUAUCCCGCUGUUGAUUGGCGCUUUUGUCAGCCNNCCUGCCACGAGUGCUGUGGUUGGAGGUGUUGAACUCAUGUGGUUCAUGAUCUGGCUGGAAAUCGUUUGGCUCACACUGUGGGCGGGUAGAGUAAGUUCAAUUGAUCGUACGAAUGACCUUGCUUUUCUAACGUUAACAGNNCUUCUCGCAAAAUGCCUUCCUUAUCCAAUUGGUCUCAUUUCUACUAUCUUUACCAACAACAGCAAANAAUGGCGUGACAUGGGCAAGCAACUCGAGCUUCCUGCGACUCUAUUCUUCUGGUGGCUUGGUGUUGAGGUUUCAUUCUUGCCGACCAUGAAGAACCAUCAAGCUAACGGUAGCCACACAACACAACACUGGAUGGGAACCAUGAACAAGGUCCUUGUAGCCAUCUUCGUCGGCACGAUUCUGAACUUUGUCGAGAAGAUCAUUAUUCAGCUCAUUGCCAUCAGCUUCCACUUGCGCACUUACGCUGAUCGUAUUGAGCUGAACAAGUUCCAAAUCGGCAGUCUGGUCAAGCUUUACACUNUUUCCAAAGCAAAGAUCGCCAUGGAAGACUCCGAGUUUGAACAACCUUCUGCUCUGGAUUCUGGUGCUCGUACUCCUGGUCAAUUACUCCAAGAAGCUCAGAAACAGACCAAAGAAAUCUUCAACAAGUUUGGUGAUGUUGCAGGCAAAAUGGCAGGUGAUUUCACUGGAAGAUCUGUUACAAGGAGCACUCAUCCUCACCAAGUUGUGUUGACGCUUCUGGGAUCCACCAACGGUAGUCAAGUCCUUGCGCGCCGUCUCUACCGUACUUUCGCUAGACCAGAGACUGAGACUGUCUACAACGAUGACCUGAAGAACGCUUUUGACAACGACGAGGAAGCUGAGGCAGCCUUCUCCAUGUUCGAUAAGGAUAUGAACGGUGAUAUCUCAAUGGAAGAACUCGAAGCUGUUUGUGUUGAGAUUGGUCGCGAGCGCAAGUCUAUCACUGCCUCGCUGAAGGAUCUGGACUCGGUUGUUGGAAAGCUCGACGAUAUGUUCAUGUUCCUGGUUGCUGUCAUUACCAUCCUGGUCUUUAUCUCGCUUAUCUCGACCUCUGCUGCUGGUGUUCUUACUUCUGCUGGUUCUACCGUUCUCGGUCUCUCAUGGCUUUUCUCGGCGACUGCCACUGAAAUUCUGCAGUCUAUCAUCUUCGUCUUUGUUAAGCAUCCUUUCGAUGUCGGAGAUCGUGUUACAAUCUACGGAAAUACUGGUGCUACUUUGACUGGUGAUGACUACUUCGUCAAAGAGAUCGCGCUCCUCUACACUGAGUUCAAGAAGAUGGAAGGACACGUGGUGCAGGCACCCAACAGUUAUCUUAACACUCUUUUCAUUCUCAACCAGCGUCGUUCUGGUGGUCUUGCUGAAGCCGUACCAGUUGUCAUCAAAUUCGGUACCACUCUGGAACAGAUUGAGACUUUGCGCAACCGUCUCCUCGACUUUGUCAAGCAAGAAAAGCGUGAAUACCAGGGCAACAUCCUUACCGAACUCCGCGCAGUCACCGAAGUCCACUCUCUUACUCUCAACGUUAUCUUCUUCUACAAGUCCAACUGGCAAAACGAAGGUCUCCGUCUUGCACGCAGAAACAAGUUCAUCUGCGCCCUCAUGGUAACCAUGCAAGAGGUCGGUAUCGAAGGUCCUCGCAUGCGCUUCCCUGGACAAAAGGAAUCCUUCCCUGUAUACAUGCAAAACAUUCCUCAUCAGGCUACUCCUGGUAUGGGUCGCAAUGGCCACCCUGACAACCCGACUGGCUGGCAAGAAGGCGAGAAUCAAGAUCCUCCAUUCGUCGCUCCUGCUGAAGGCCCCAUUGGCGGCCGCACACGUAGCGGUUCCAUCCUCCGUGCUGGUUCUACCGCUCGUCCCCGCCACGAAACUCUAGCACAAAUGGGCAAGCGUGUCGACUUCUCACUGGGUUCGAGCGCAGAGGCAGCAAACAACUAUGCUGGCGACGUGUUUGAUGCACCCAAGCCACGCCUCCCUAUCAACAUUACCUCACCAUCGCCAGACAACCGCGCCCGAAAGUCCAACGAUACACAUAGAUCUACCGACACCGGUCGCUCCACCUCGCGCGACAUCGGCCCUGGCCGUCUCGCCCGCAGAUCCACAGACACAUCCACUACCUCGCGCCCUCACCACCGCAACCGCUUCUUCGGUCGUGCUCGCGGCAACACAAUCGACGAGCAAGCCAUGAUGGAGAAGGGUAUGGCCGACAUCCCUGAAGAUUCUCCCGGCGGCGCAGGCACCAUCGAUCCACGCAGCGGUCUCGUAUCCGGAGCAGCGUGGAGAACACGUACGAAUGAAAGCAACGUCGUCAGGAAAAGUCAAGAGAGGCCUAGAACAGGACACACUGCUGACACAGCAGGCCACUCGAUAGGUCUUGACGGCCCACCACAAUUGCAUCCUGGCGAUCCUGCUGCUGAAGACUUUGAGAUGAAGAGGUUCCACUAA